ACACUUACAGUUGCCGGAGCAGACGUCCUCUGGGAACCAAACUACAGAGAAACUUCUCUUUUCACUCUGCUCUCCGACCCUUUCGACGAAUCGUCUCCCCGGCUCUCGGCCUCUCAUUGGCUGGCUCCUAAUCCGCCAGUUCAGAGAUCACAAUCCAAUAGGGCAACAGCAAUGAGAUUAGACUAUUAGAGUAAAAAGCAUCUUUUUCCUACAAACUUUAUUUCUGAGUAUUCUGCAAAGCAAUCUUUUUCUUCUCUAGACCUUUAGUUGAAGCCUUGAUUGGGAGAGCCAUGGAGUACACAGUGACCACCAUGGAAGAAGAAGAAGAAGAAGAAGAAGAACAUGAAGAAGAGGAGGAAGAGGAAGAGGGUGAUAUACCCAUUGUAAAAUGGAUAAAACAUUACUCAAGCUCCCACAGAAUCUUGCUUGUAGGAGAAGGAGACUUCUCCUUCUCUCUUUGUCUGGCUAGGGCUUUCGGUUCUGCCACCAACAUGGUUGCUACAUCCCUUGACACUCAAGAUGAUCUGGCAAGCAAGUAUAGCUAUGGAAUAGGGAAUGUGAGAGAGCUAGAAGAGAGGGGUUGCUUGGUCUUGCAUGGAGUCGAUGCAACCAAGAUGAGCCAACACUAUUUUCUCAGGACUCAGAGGUUCGAUCGCAUCGUUUACAACUUCCCUCAUGUGGGUUUCCUCUAUCGUGAAGCUAGUUACUGCCAGAUCCAGUUGAACAAAAAGUUGGUGAAGGGGUUCAUGGAGAAUGCCCAGGUGCUAUUGAAGGCGAAAGGAGAGAUCCAUGUGUCCCAUAAGAUGGGAGAACCCUACAACAAAUGGGAUUUGGUCCAGAAAGCACAGAAGAGGGGUCUCUUCCUCCAUGAGGCCGUUCCCUUCUGCAAGGAGGACUACCCUGAUUAUGGCAACAAGAGGGCGCAUGGCAGCCGCCCUGAUGCACCUUUCCUUCUAGGUGAGUGCACUACUUUCAAGUUCAUCCUCAAUAACCAAAGCCAAAAGAAACAGAGAUAGGACACACAUAUAGAGCGAGAGAUAAGAGUGUGUGUGUGUGUGUGUGUGUGUGAUUCUCUGUCAUCUGGCAAUGAGUAAGCCAUGAAAGCGCUACUCAGGAUAAUGAAUGCCAAUGUUUGAUUAAACCUUCUGAGACAAAUGGAAUGUAAUAGUCAUGAUUCAUGUGGAAGACAUCAAAUAUCUUUGGUGAGGCA